CUUCAGGUGCGUGAGAUGGAGGCAGAGCUUGAAGAUGAAAGGAAGCAGAGAGCUCUUGCUGUAGCUGCCAAGAAGAAACUGGAGAUGGACCUCAAAGAUGUGGAAGCGCAGAUCGAGGCUGCAAACAAGGCCCGUGAUGAAGCCAUUAAACAGCUACGCAAACUCCAGGCCCAGAUGAAGGACUACCAGAGGGAGCUGGAGGAGGCGCGCGCUUCUCGUGAUGAGAUCUUCGCUCAGUCUAAGGAGAACGAGAAGAAGCUCAAGAGUCUCGAGGCUGAGAUUCUGCAGCUGCAAGAGGACCUGGCAUCUUCAGAGAGAGCCCGACGCCACGCUGAACAGGAAAGAGACGAGUUUGCAGAUGAGAUUUCCAACAGUGCCUCUGGAAAGGCAGCCCUCUUGGAUGAGAAGAGGAGGCUGGAGGCUCGUAUUGCCCAGCUGGAGGAAGAGCUAGAGGAGGAACAGAGCAAUAUGGAGCUCCUGAACGACCGCUUCCGCAAGACCACUAUGCAGGUGGAUACCCUGAACACAGAGCUGGCGGGAGAGCGCAGUGCCGCCCAGAAGAGCGAGAACGCCCGUCAGCAGUUGGAGCGGCAAAACAAAGAUUUGAAGGCCAAACUGCAGGAACUUGAGGGAUCCAUCAAAUCAAAGUUCAAGGCCUCUAUCGCCGCCCUGGAGGCCAAGAUUAUCCAGCUAGAGGAGCAGCUUGAACAGGAAGCAAAGGAGAGAGCUGCAGCCAAUAAGACUGUGCGUCGCACAGAGAAGAAACUCAAGGAGGUGUUCAUGCAAGUGGAGGAUGAGCGUCGCCAUGCUGACCAGUACAAAGAGCAGGUGAAUGAAACCCAAAUCCUAAUCUCCAUUCUCAAAGUGUACUAG